CUCAGCCAUGGCGGACGAGGAGCUGGCGGCGCUUCGGCAGCAGCGCCUGGCCGAGCUGCAGGCCAAGCACGGGGAUACUUCUGAUCCAUCGCAACAGGAGGCAAAGCAGAGGGAAGCAGAAAUAAGAAAUACAAUUUUAGCUCAAGUUCUUGAUCAAGCAGCACGUGCCAGAUUAAGCAAUUUGGCACUUGUGAAACCAGACAAAGCAAAAGCAGUAGAGAAUUAUCUUAUACAGAUGGCAAGAUUUGGACAGCUACCUGGAAAGGUAUCAGAACAAGGUUUGAUAGAAAUACUUGAAAAAGUGAGUCAGCAAACAGAAAAGAAAACAACAGUAAAGUUCAACAGAAGGAAAGUAUUGGAUUCAGAUGAAGAGGAUGAUUAUUAAAUACUACUGUAAGACUGCCAAAUAAACAGCUUGGACAAAGACAACAGUUAUCAGGCAGAAUGCAAAAUCUGAAAAUGUUUACGUUUCUUUACUUUUUUUUUUAAUAUAUAUAAAUAUGUAUAAAGGCCAACAAAUGAACUUGUCUUGUAAAAUACACCUGAGAAGGGGAUUUUAUAACUUAAAUUUUUGUAGUAUAAGUGGCCUGAGCAAUGUGGAGCUCUCCACUGCUUGAGUGGCAUGAAAAUUGUUGCCCCUUACUCAGUGUGUAAGCUAUACUUUCAGCACCAGUACACCCUUAACUUGCUGCUAUUGGAGAUACGGUAACAUGAGAACUUAAGUGUAAAGCUGGGAACAGCCACUCCCUGCAGGAGUUUAAAGGACUUACCUCCAGAGUCGAAGUCACAAAAGUGUUAGAAACAAGGUUUCCUGAGCCCCUGAAGGAAGCCUCUCCAGCAGCUCAUAGACUCUCGGCUCUUUACUUGAAAUUUAUAAAUUCAAGUUAAAGCAUCAAAGUAGCCAUUAUUUGCAUUUGGAUUGGGGGCAGUCUCUAUUAGAAAGAAAUUGUUACCAUCAUACAAUUGAAGUGUUCUCCUACAAAAUAAUCAGGCUGUCUCACAAAAAAAAAA